UGGUUUUUAAAAUGUGUACCUUUUGAAAUGUUAUAGUGUAUUUCGAUUUAAUAAUUAAUAUUGUUUAAUUGACUUUGUCGUUAAUCUUACUACAUCAUUUAAACAAUUAAAUUUUAAAAUGUAUUAGAUUAUAAAAUAGUAUUGCAAAGAACAAUAUCAUCAAGUAUGAAGGAAAUCGAUCUUGGCUUUUUCAUAAUUUAAUUUAUACUUGGUUCUGGUGGACAUCAACAUCUACAAUGGCAUUUCUUUCAUACGUACAACUAUGGUUUUCAAUUUCAAUUUCUGUUAUUACAUUAUUGAUGCUUCAAAGUUUUUUACCAGAGCCAACAAAAAGUAUUGAUACAAAAUCUACCUUAGAUACUUUUACCAUCAAUUUUCUUGGAUAUUGCAUUGUACUGGUUCCUGGAUAUUUGCUUUAUUUAUUUGCUCAAGAACAAGAUUUAGGAGAUAAUCGUUUCACAAGUAAAUUGUUAAGAAUAUUGUUUAGAGAUGAACAUGAUUUAGAACCUGAGCAACCAUUAUCGCCUGUUUACAAGGGUUCAGCUAAGUUUAGAAAUGAUAUAACCACAUUUUUAUACUGUUUCGGAGGUUUACAAACAUCUUAUUUGAUUUGGGGUGUAAUUCAAGAAAAAAUGAUGUCUGAGGCCUAUGGAACAAAUGAAGAAUCCAAAUUUCAUGAUUCACAAAUGUUAGUGUUUUUGAAUAGAGGUUUAUCUACAAUCUUAUCUUGCUUAUACUUGUUAAUGAAUGAGGGCAUACGAUCCAAGAAACCUCCACCAUUAUAUAAAUACAGUUACUGUACUGUGUCCAAUAUUAUAAGUUCUUGGUGUCAAUAUGAAGCACUCAAAUAUGUCAGUUUUCCAUCACAGGUUCUAGCAAAAACAUGUAAAAUUAUCCCAGUUAUGUUAAUGGGAAAACUGAUGUCUGGUAAAAAGUAUCACUAUUAUGAGUAUGUUACUGCAAUUGGAAUUUGGAUUGGUAUGGCUAUGUUUCAAUUUUUCACAGAAAAUAAACAUUCUGAAAUUACAACUUCUGCGACUGGAGUGAUAUUGCUUGUAGGAUAUUUGGCAUCAGACAGCUUUACGUCAACGUGGCAAGGACAACUAUUUAGACAUUACCAAGUGACUCCAAUGCAAAUGGUUUUUUCUAAUUCUUUAUUAUCAUCUUUACUCACGACCGUAUCGCUGUACCAAGUUGGCUCGUUCAGUAAAACAUUAGCAUUCAUAAAAAAGUAUCCAGAAUUUCUAACCGACUGUAUAGUCUUGUCAGUGAGUUCUGCAUGUGGACAGCUAUUCAUAUUCAAAACAAUCUAUAAUUUUGGACCAAUUGUUUUCACUAUAAUAAUGACCAUAAGACAAGGUCUAUCGAUAAUUAUUUCCUGCAUAAGAUAUCAUCACCCUGUCACUGCGUUGGCUGCUUUCGGAAUUGCAUUCGUUUUUAUUUCCUUGUUUGUACGUUUCUAUUGCGGUUACCGUAUGAAAUUUAAAAGAGGUCCUAAUCAUGCGGCGACGUUCAAAGUGUAAAAUCAACUUAUCGCAAUCGCUCGGACUGUGUUUACGUGAAAUAAUAUAUAUAUAUGUAUAUGCC